AUGGAUAGUGACGAUGAUCAGACGGGCGGCGGGAACGCGUCGUCAGAUGAAAGUACAAGAAACAUCGAGGCCGAGGACUACGGGUCGGAUCUAUCUGACGAGGCCCUUUCUUUGCCGUCGCAUUUGGCCCCUAUAAGUGCCACCAAGGAUAGCGAGGGUGACGAAGACAACCUGGACGAUCCCAGCGAGCCACACCAUCCACACAGCGCAGAGGACGCUGGCGACUCGGAUGCCGAUGCCUUGGACUCGGGCUCGGACCUCGAGCACAUAUCUAUAUCGGACUUCGACCAGAUUCCCCCGCAAACGAUCAUCGAGACUCGAAAGUACUUGAAACAACACGGGAACAUGAAAUUCCUCGAGAAAUACUUGCCUACAGCAGCCUCGAGCGAGGACAUAGUCAGACUAAUCGUCCAACUUGGCUUCGUGCCUCGUCACCUCCCCAAGCCUGAUAACAGCAACAUCAUGGUGCUCAUCAAGUACCUCAAUUACGCUAUGGUCAAAGUAAGAUCGAUCAGAACCAGGCUCGACACCGUGAAAACCAUCGACGACGCAUUGGAACAAAUCAACAAAGCGCAAAAGAUCUUGGUUAUUACUGGCGCAGGUAUUUCUACCAGUUUGGGGAUUCCCGAUUUCCGUUCCUCCAAAGGUUUUUACUCUCAAGUGCAGCAUUUGGGCCUUUCAGACCCACAGGAAGUUUUCGACUUGGAGAUUUUCUUAACUGACCCGAGCUUGUUCUACUCCAUUGCCCACAUGAUAUUACCACCAGAGAAAAUAUUCAGUCCCCUCCACUCGUUUAUCCAGGUGAUCCAAUCAAAGGGUAAACUUUUGAGAAAUUACACUCAGAAUAUAGAUAACUUGGAGAGUUAUGCUGGUAUCUCACCGGAGAAAUUGAUUCAAUGUCACGGGUCGUUCGCAACAGCUACUUGCGUAACUUGUAAAUACCACGUCAAGGGUGAAGAAAUAUUUGAAGACAUCAAGAAUAGAGAAAUACCGUACUGUCCCAAGUGUGCCAAGAUGAGAAAAAAGCUCAUGAAGAAUGAUGAGGAUUCGUUUGUGCCCGAUAGCUAUGGGGUAUUAAAGCCGGAUAUCACCUUUUUCGGCGAGCCCUUGCCAGAAACCUUCCACGAUCUGAUCCGUCGGGACUUGUCAGAGUGCGAUUUACUAAUCAGCGUGGGAACCUCGCUUAAAGUUGCGCCCGUGGCAGAUAUAGUAGAUAAGAUUCCUGAGCAUGUUCCUCAGAUCUUGAUUAACAAGGACCCUAUUGACCACUGCAACUUUGACGUCAGUCUACUUGGAUACUGUGACGAUGUGGCCAGUUAUCUUGCUAGCAGGCUUGGAAAGAGCUGGGAUAUUCCUCACAAAGACUUCGAUAGCAUCCGGGGGUCUGCCGAGGAUCCAAACUUGCUGUUGACGUUGGUUGAUGAAGAGUACAGGGAAUAUGAGGUGGUCAAUCGAACUACAGAACAGGCGAGCUUGACGGAAGUAACUAGUCAAUCCGACGGUUUAGUAGGGAACAACCAAGAGCAGGAAUCAAAUAGUGCAGAAUCUGGUGGACAAGUCUCCGUCCGUCCUCACAGUCCUGAAGAACAGGGACUGCCAGAAACGGCCUCCGCCUAG